CAGAGGAAAAGCUGGGGCUGGAAAGGGAAUUGCACGCGCGAGACUGCCAUGAAGCUACUGCCCAGCUGGAGAGCCGCGCUGCCCAUGGGCCCUCGGCAUGGCCUGUGCCCCUGCAUCCCAGCCUUGCCGUGGGCACAGCAACCCAGAAAAGUUUCUCCAACCCGUGUCUCAGAGAUGAGAGCUCAGGACUCCAGGAGCCCGACACAGCAUGAGUCCCUGGGUUCAGCAGAGGAUUCCACCAGGGACCGGAAGACAUCCUUGCCCAUGGAGCCCAAGUUGGACAUGUUGUACAAGAUUGAGGAUGUGCCGCCAUGGUACCUCUGCAUCCUGCUGGGCUUCCAGCAUUACCUGACGUGCUUCAGUGGCACCAUCGCUGUGCCCUUCCUUCUGGCUGAGGCGCUGUGUGUGGGCCGCGACCAGCACAUGGUCAGUCAACUCAUCGGCACCAUCUUUACCUGUGUGGGUAUCACCACUCUCAUCCAGACUACAGUGGGCAUCCGGCUGCCGCUGUUCCAGGCCAGCGCCUUUGCCUUUCUAGUUCCAGCCAAAGCUAUCCUGGCCUUGGAGAGGUGGAAGUGUCCCCCAGAAGAGGAGAUCUAUGGUAACUGGAGUAUGCCCCUGGAUACCUCUCAUAUCUGGCACCCGCGGAUCCGCGAGGUCCAGGGUGCAAUCAUGGUGUCCAGUACGAUAGAGGUGCUGAUUGGGCUGAUGGGGCUGCCUGGGGCCCUGCUCAGCUACAUUGGGCCUCUCACAGUCACCCCCACUGUCUCCCUCAUUGGUCUCUCUGUUUUCCAAGCUGCUGGUGACCGAGCUGGCUCCCACUGGGGCAUUUCAGCUUGUUCCAUUCUACUGAUCGUCCUGUUCUCCCAGUACUUCCGCAACCUCACCUUCCUGCUACCUGUUUACCGAUGGGGCAAGGGUUUCACUCUCUUCCGCAUCCAGAUCUUUAAGAUGUUUCCGAUCGUGCUGGCCAUCAUGACCGUGUGGCUGCUCUGCUAUGUGCUGACCCUGACUGAUGUGCUGCCUGCAGAUCCCACAGCCUACGGCUUCCAGGCACGAACUGAUGCCCGAGGUGACAUCAUGGCUAGCUCACCCUGGAUCCGCAUCCCCUACCCAUGUCAGUGGGGCCUACCCACAGUGACUGUGGCUGCAGUCCUGGGAAUGUUUAGUGCCACCCUGGCUGGCAUCAUUGAGUCCAUCGGUGACUACUAUGCUUGUGCCCGGCUGGCUGGUGCACCGUCCCCUCCGGUACAUGCUAUCAACAGGGGAAUUUUCACUGAAGGCAUCUGCUGCAUCAUUGCUGGGCUACUGGGCACAGGCAACGGGUCUACCUCGUCCAGCCCCAAUAUUGGGGUCCUAGGGAUUACCAAGGUGGGAAGCCGUCGAGUCGUGCAGUAUGGUGCAGGCAUCAUGCUGGUCCUGGGUGCCAUCGGCAAGUUCACAGCCCUCUUCGCCUCUCUCCCAGACCCCAUCCUGGGUGGAAUGUUCUGUACCCUUUUUGGUAUGAUCACCGCCGUGGGACUGUCCAAUCUGCAGUUUGUAGACAUGAACUCCUCCCGCAACCUCUUUGUACUGGGAUUCUCCAUGUUCUUUGGCCUCAUGCUGCCCAAUUACCUGGAGUCCAACCCAGGUGCUAUCAACACAGGCAUUUCCGAAGUGGAUCAGAUCCUCACUGUGCUGCUGACCACGGAGAUGUUUGUUGGCGGGUGCCUUGCUUUCAUACUGGACAACACAGUGCCAGGGAGCCCAGAGGAAAGAGGCCUGGUACAGUGGAAAGCUGGAGCCCAUGCCAACAGUGAGACGUCAGCCAGCCUGAAGAGCUAUGACUUCCCCUUUGGGAUGGCCAUGGUAAAAAGGAGUGCCUUCCUCAGAUACAUUCCUAUCUGCCCAGUCUUCAGAGGAUUUGCUAACAAGUCAGAAAAUCAGACUCCAGUUCCAGAAGAUACUCCAAACAAUACAGAAACUGCAUCUGUGUGCACCAAGGUCUGAAACUAACUACGAAAGGAAAGGAGGAACUGGACGUAACAAGAAAAGAAAACCACACAGAAGACAGAAGACCUGAGUUGGGAUUCUCAGCUCUGCCUUUUCCAAAUUCCCAUGUAAGCUUGGACAAAUCACCUUCUGAGACUGUUUCCAUAUCAGCUUACAAAACAUCAGAAGAGUAGGCCAAAGUCUCUAAGCACUCUAGAGACUUGCACUAGAAUUAUUCUGUUUCCCACGUUUACUUUCCUAAGCAUACAUGUCAAUGUAAAGAAAUAGUGGGAAAUUCUCUACAUUGAGAGUUGACAAAAAGGAAAUCAGGAGAUUCCAGGGGUAAAUACAGACAUGCAGGUAGGCUUUUUUUUUUUAAACGGAAUUUAAUUCUAAUGUCAUGUAUUUUAAGACCAAAACAUAAUACUAAACAAUAUAUUGGACCAAUAACUUAGAUAAAUAUCCCCCAUUCCCACAGGGAAAUAAAUCUAAAUUUUAAUUAA